UCCCUUGACAGGAAGCUUGUGGAGGUAGCCUUUUUUCCUGACAGAGACGAGAGACAUCGCGCACAGGGGAAAAAAACAGUCGAUGCAGCCCCACCCCUUUUUGCACCGUCUUUCUUCUCUCACUUGGUAGGUCCACAGAGGUCACCAGACCUUCACACUCCUACCAACCUUUUUUCAGCUGCCGGUCUCUACUACCUGGCCGAGUUGAUCGAGGAGUACUCUGUCUUGGCAAAGAAAGUUAUCACUUUUGCAGUGCUGUGUGUGGUGGUGAUGCAUCUGGGUCUGUGGCUGAUCGAUGGAUUCCCGGUCCUGCUGGUCCUGACGGCCGUCCUCGCUCACCUCUGCUACGGGUCUCUCCUCUCCACCUUCCCCCUCAUCUCCCUCCUCUCCCCUGGAUUCCUCGCCGGCACAGUGUUUCUACUUGUGAGCCAUUACCUAGCCUUCCAGUACUUUGCCACUGAAUGGCACCCUUUUCAGGAGGUCCUUGCAUUCUUCUUCUGUGGUCUGUGGAUGGUUCCGUUUGCUUUCUUCAUCUCCCUCUCUGCCAAUGAUCUUGUACUACCAACACAGAGUCCUGGUGAAGCAGGUAGAAAGCCAAGACGCAGCGGGUUUUUAGCCCUCAUAGACCUAAUGUCCAGACAAGUGAGCCUCAACUUGCCGGCCGGGAGGAGUUCCAAAUUAACGUGAUUAUUGAGUGAGAUGUGAGAUAUUAAUUUGGUGUUAUUGUGUCUGAGAUACACUAUCCUGUGGCGGUUGUUUCAACACCCGUGCUGCUGCAGGGCUGUAAUUGUGAGCUAUUGGUAUGCAAAAUACGACGUGGUCAUUCGUUAACAAAUUCCACCCGGACGAUUUCGCGCAUAGCAUUUUUCGGGUGACGUGUCUGGGGGUGUAGGGGGUUGGGUCACGUCCUGUUUAUACUCUGGAAUUCCGUACAUCACACCAAUGAUGGAGGGAAACUUGUGCGGCAUUGCUUCAUCAUGACAUUGUAUGCAUGCAUACUGUGGGGCUCAUUGCUACCCUGCUAUGUGUGUGUCAGUGAUAACUCUGUUAGGCAUUCAGUGGUAUAGUUGUGUGGUGAGCUGUUCCUUGGACCACAGCAGAAUCAUUGAGCUCUGAUUUGGCCGGCGGUUUUUGGCCAAACUAGUAGCUAGCCAGCUUUUAGUUCUGUGGUACAGAUUAGGGAACAAGAAGACGUGCGCGUAUAAGAUGUCGGAACAACUGAGAGAGAGUCAGAAGCACGUUCGACGCCGGCUGGGGCCGCUGAGAAUGGAAGCUAAACUCCAU